UUAUAUUUGGAUAUUUUAGCACUUGCUCCAUCUUUCUAUUCAUCGUUUAUUAUAUGUCAGGGUUUCUAUGACACUAUCAUUCUUUUUAUUUCUGAUGCAUCCUCUUCACAAUGUCCAUCCCGAUUAGCAAACGUUAGUAAGCAUUGUCAUCUAAAAUUUUGCUGACUUUUUUAUAGGCCGUGUCGCCAAAAACAUACACUACAACUAAACAUGGCAACCAACACGGUAAUAUUUUAUAGUUCUUUUUAUUUAUUACAUUUUGUUUCAAUAUUUAUGUAACAAAAUAUAACUUUUAUUAUAGAUGAACUACCCUCUCUCAAACAUUCUCUGCAUCUAGAACUUCCAUCUCAUGCUACUGUCAUUGACAUGAGACUAUAUCGGCUCUUGACAAGAACUAUCAAGUUAGAAGGUUACACAAUUAGAUAUGGUAAUUUAUUUUUAACGUCCGUGUAUUUUAUCUCUGCUGUCUACGAGGUAUUGAGACGGUGGGCGUGGUGGUUGGUGGCCGCCACACUGCGGAGAAAGUGAGAAGUGGCGAGAGGAGACUGAAGUGGAUGUAGAGUAGGUAGACGAAGUUGGCAAAGGAGGCCAUUAUCAGAGGAAGUUUAGUGAAGGACAAUAAAGUAACCUUUUUACCUCGUU